CACAAUACCAACUCAGAGAAGCCAAAGCGCUGGGAAUUAAGCUUUAGCCAGAACCCACACAAUCUUAUAUCCGUCGCGCAGUGAUGACGUACGCGAGCGCCGGCAUGAGGGCGGAGCCAGGCGCAGGAAACUGCCGUUUUGAUUGGUUUCCAGUGUGGCGCGGGGUCUCCUGGGAUCUGAGAGAACCUGCCUUUCCGCCCGGAAGUCGGCGUCUUUGAGUCAUAGGAGUGAGCCACGCCGGGGCUGUGGGAAUAAGAUGGCGGGGAAGAAGAAUGUUCUGUCGUCCCUUGCAGUUUACGCGGAAGAUUCAGAGCCCGAGUCUGAUGGCGAGGCUGGAAUCGAGGCGAUGGGCAGCGCGGCUGAGGAGAAAGGCGGAUUGGUAUCUGAUGCCUAUGGGGAGGAUGACUUUUCUCGUCUAGGGGGUGAUGAAGAUGGUUAUGAAGAAGAAGAGGAUGAGAACAGUAGACAGUCGGAAGAUGACGAUUCAGAGACUGAAAAACCUGAGGCUGAUGACCCAAAGGAUAAUACAGAAGCAGAAAAGCGAGACCCCCAGGAACUCGUGGCCUCUUUUUCUGAAAGAGUUCGGAACAUGUCGCCUGAUGAAAUCAAGAUCCCGCCAGAACCCCCUGGCAGAUGUUCAAAUCACUUACAAGACAAGAUCCAGAAGCUUUAUGAACGAAAAAUAAAGGAGGGAAUGGAUAUGAACUACAUUAUCCAAAGGAAGAAGGAAUUUCGGAACCCCAGCAUCUACGAGAAGCUGAUCCAGUUCUGUGCCAUUGACGAGCUUGGCACCAACUACCCAAAGGAUAUGUUUGAUCCCCAUGGCUGGUCUGAGGACUCCUACUAUGAGGCAUUAGCCAAGGCCCAGAAGGUUGAGAUGGACAAAUUGGAAAAGGCCAAAAAGGAGCGAACGAAAAUUGAGUUUGUGACGGGCACCAAGAAAGGCACCACGACCAACGCCACGGCCACCACCACUACCACCGCCAGCACAGCUGUUGCAGAUGCUCAGAAGAGAAAGAGCAAGUGGGACUCGGCUAUCCCAGUGACGACGAUAGCGCAGCCCACCAUCCUCACCACCACAGCCACCCUGCCAGCUGUCGUCACGGUCACCACCAGCGCCAGCGGCUCCAAGACCACCGUCAUCUCUGCUGUGGGCACCAUUGUGAAGAAGGCCAAGCAGUGACCUGAGGGGCCACCCUAGGACUCGAAAGAACUGUGCAGCCCAGUGACCACCGCCCAGUGGGAGGCGCCACUUUGUAUAUUUCAGGAUUGGGACCUGCUCCCCUGAUGGCACCUGAGAGGAGCUCCUAUGUGGCACUCCAGACGGAAGGACAGGCAGCACGGGAGCCAGGUGCUGUGGACAGGGUCUGUCUGCGCCCCUCCUGGGGUCUGCCGCCCAUUAAAAGUGCCGUUUUCUUAACCUCUUGGCAUCUCAGAUGCACUGGCCUCUCCUGCAUUCUCUGCAUUUGCAGGCAAAUGCUUCAGCUCACAUGUCCCCCCAUCUUGGUUUGGGACUACUGCCUCAGGGCUGACGAUAGGGUGAUGCAGGCCUGGGACGCUGUUCAGAGGGGUGGCCCAGGAAGUCACCGUUGUUACCCGUGUACGCCUCUGGACAUGGACAGGCGGGAGCCCCCAAGCUCCAUGUUCGCUCCAUGUGCCGCCUUGAUCCCAAAACCUAGCCAGUUCUUGGGUGAUGGUGGAGCUGUGCUCCCUGGGGUGCACUUGAGCACUCCCCAGUCCAGAUCACUUCUUGGACACACCCAGGCUUUUGAAGUCAAGCCAGUUGCAGAAGGGCUGGGGUGAGAGCCCGACCUGUGCAGGGAGUGGGGAGGCGUCAGCGCCUGGCCAGGGCUGCCCCAGUCCCUCGGUGCCCGGUGAGCACAGCCAGCCAGGAGCUGAGCAGCGGGGGAGAUGAAUCACCUCCUGCCCUGGCCAGGCGGCAGCUCAUUGUUUACGGGCAAGCCCUGCUCCUGGGAGGGCUCCUGCCACCCCACCCUUCCUGUGUGUGUUAUCUCUGCCCCACAGCAGCCCCUGGGCAGCGCCAGUGGCCACUGGGCUCCCCGCCGGGGCUGAAACGGGUUUCCCAGACCGGAGUCCAGAGGAGACUGUUUUCCCUUCGUGAUCUUUGGCGACUCCACUGGAGCGGAAGAGCUGUGUGUCAAAAGAAGGAAGCCGGGCUGUGAAGGGCCUUGUUGCUUUCAGUCGGUGAGCAGAGGUUUAGAAAGGUGGUUCUGAAAUGGCACCUGGUACUCUUGUGGGACCUGAGGAAUAUAAGGAACUCUGUGCGUGAGGUUUCAAAAAUAAAAAUUGAGUCCACUCCCCCCAUACACACACUCGGCCACUUCAGCAGGUCGGUUCUCAGCCCUUCCUUGAUGGGGCUUGGAAGCUCUGGGGAGCAGAGCCGCUCCCCACUCAUGCCCCAGAGGGGCUCUGAAAAGGCUUCCUGUGGCCUCCGACAGGGGCCCCUCAUUAGCCAAGGACGCUGUGGGUGUUUCGUGGGAGGCAGCGUGGCGCUGCGGAAAGGGCAGUAGACGUGGAGCCGGCACCUCUGGCCAGUUUCCGUUUAAAACCAGUUGAGUGGUCUCCAACCCUUACCUCUGUAAGCCUGUUUCUUGUCUGAAAUCACGGUAAUAAAGUGUCGUAAGUUGGUUGGGAGGAACCAGAGGUGACUUAUGCAAAAGC